AUGGUUCUCGCCGUUGAUCUACUCAACCCCAGCCCGGCUGCCGAGGCUAAGAAGCACAAGCUGAAGACUCUCGUCCCCAGCCCCCGGUCCUUCUUCAUGGAUGUCAAGUGCCCCGGUUGCUUCACCAUCACCACUGUCUUCUCCCACGCGCAGACCGUCGUCAUCUGCCAGGGAUGCACGACCGUUCUUUGCCAACCUACCGGUGGUAAGGCCAGAUUAACUGAGGGCUGCUCUUUCCGAAGAAAGUAG